UACAUUCUGUUUCUAUAAAAAAUAAAAAAAAAAAUUGAAAAAAAGAAAAGAAAAGAAAGAGAGACAGAGAGAGAGAAGGAAUUUCCAAUUUGAGUGUCUCUAAGGAAACACGGUUCACGCCCCUGCAAAUCUUUAGCUAUAUUUAGGGUACUUUUCAACCUUUUAUAUAUUUUUUUCUUUUUAAUUUUUAAUUUUUUUUCUUUCAUUUUGUUCUUCCAAAUUCGAUGCUUCUUCUUAUUCAAGCUGAGAAAAACUCUAUCUAGGGUUAGGGUUUAGAAAUUAAACAAUAUAGACGAAAAAAGAAUAAAAGAAAAUUUGUCUAACCAGUAACCAGACGGAAGCCAUGGCUCUUCAAUGAAACAGGUGAUAAUCCGUAGCCCAGGGCUUCGAUUUUCGGUGCAGUUGGUACGGUGCGGCCUUUGGUUGUUCCUUUUGUGGUUUAUAUAUGGCGGCUGCGAAUCCACAGCCACUGCAGGCGCGUCUGUUUGAGGAGCACACCCAAGGGACGAUACAGAUCGAGGACGACGAUGGAGAGUACGAAGAUGACGCCAUGGACGACGUGGAGGACGCAAAUGUCAACUCCGUGAAUGUGGCGGAGCAUGGAAUAGGAGUGGUAGGCGGCGUUAGUGGUGGCGGUGGUGGAGCUGGUGGAGGCGUUGUUAUGGCGUCGAGAACUAGCGAGCUUACUCUCUCUUUUGAAGGAGAAGUUUACGUAUUCCCUGCUGUUACACCUGAAAAGGUGCAAGCUGUGCUGUUACUCCUGGGCGGUCGUGAUAUCCCCACUGGUGUUCCAACAAUUGAAGUACCUUUUGAUCAAAAUAACAGGGGUGUAGGUGAUCUUCCAAAGCGCUCAAAUCUUUCAAGACGAAUCGCAUCCUUGGUUAGGUUCCGUGAGAAGAGGAAAGAGAGAUGUUUUGACAAGAAAAUUAGGUAUACCGUACGGAAAGAAGUUGCACAGAGGAUGCAUCGUAAAAAUGGACAGUUUGCGUCUUUAAAGGAAAGUACUAGUGCUUCAAGCUGGGAUUCUUCGCAAACUGGCGUUCAAGAUGGUACUCCUCAUCCAGAAACUGUUGUUCGGAGAUGUCAACAUUGUGGUGUUAGUGAAAAUAAUACUCCAGCAAUGCGUCGAGGUCCAGCUGGUCCAAGGACUUUAUGUAACGCUUGUGGGCUUAUGUGGGCAAAUAAGGGGACACUGAGAGAUCUCAGUAAAGGAGGAAGGAAUAUUUCCAUGGACCAAACUGAACCUGAAACACCAAUUGAUGUCAAGCCUUCAAUUAUGGAAGGGGACUUCCCUGGUAACCAGGAUGAACAUGGAAAUCCUUCAAAGGAUGUCACUGAUGGAUCCAAUAAUGCUUCUAUCAACCCAGAUGAAGAAGAUUUGCAUGAAAGUGCAGAAGAUCUUACAAACUCCUUACCUAUGGGAAUUGUCCAUCCCUCUGCAGAUGAUGAUGAGCAGGAACCUCUGGUUGAGCUUGCUAAUCCCUCUGAUACAGAAAUCAGCAUUCCUUCUAAUUUUGAUUAGAAGGUUACAAUUGGCUUUGCUCCAAUAAAUUUAAGGGGAUGUGGGUAUUAGACACUUUACCCAGUUGGUUUCUCUCAUGUCUUUGUGCUUCAUACAGGUCGACAUUUAUGAUGUUUAUAUGGAGUCCAACAUAGCAGAUUGUGAGUUGCCAUAAUUAGGAAACCGGCUUGACAUUGAAUCCUAAGUACAGUUAUCAGCUAGUGACUGGGAAAGACAUGCUGCUGCUUUCAGGCUGACUUUAGAUACUCUGAAGGUUCUCCUUGUUGAUAUAAGUGCUGAAAUCUGUGUACAAUUUGUUAGGAAAGAAUGCCAGAAUGCUUUUACCCGUUUAUAAAUAUGUGAUUUAUUUCUUAGGACUUAAAAAAGAUUAGUUUGUGUGAUGCUUAGUUUGCUUGGCGGAGCCUUUGUACUUCGUGAUAUCGUGGCCUUUUAAGUAGGGAUUCGAUUAAGCAAGAAAAAGGGCAUCCCACGAUGCUGUGAUAUACGUUGUGUCUACUUGGGCAGUUUCAGUACAGGUGAUUUUUAGUUGCUGCCCAAAUGAUGGGAUCGGAGAUAAUUGUUAAACCUGUUAUUAAUAAGGGAAAGUGGGAGAUUAGGAGUUGAAGGAAGAGGCGAUUGUCUACUGAAGAAAAUGAUCUUUUAUCUUCCCAUGAAAACCAUGUAUAAUGAUUUCUGAAAAAGAUAUUCCUGCCUAAAA